CUAUAAAAAGUUGAGGAGCAGCGGAUCCGGCGAUUAAACGCCAUUAGAUCGCCAUGCUGUUCCGCAAGAGCAAGCCAAAGGACGAGGACGAGGUGGUAACCUUCGAGGAGCUCACCUCGUUCCCGAUGAAGUUCUACAAGACCAUCGGCGAGGAUCUCUAUUCGGACAGGGAUCCGAAUGUGUGCAGGCGCUAUCUACUUAGAUUCUACCUGGUGCUCGGUUUCCUCAACUUCAAUGCGUACGUGGUCGGUGAAAUCGCUUACUUCAUCGUGCACAUCAUGUCGACCACAACUCUAUUGGAGGCCACUGCGGUGGCGCCUUGCAUCGGCUUCAGUUUCAUGGCCGAUUUCAAACAGUUCGGACUGACGGUGAAUCGAAAGCGUUUAGUUCAACUGCUCGACGAUCUGAAGGAGAUAUACCCCGUGGAUUUGGAGUCGCAGCGGAAGUAUCACGUCCCCUUUUACCAGAAGCACAUGAGCAGGGUCAUGAAUUUAUUCACCAUCCUCUGCAUGACCUACACCUCGUCCUUCAGCUUUUAUCCGGCCAUCAAGUCGACCAUUAAGUAUUACCUACUGGGAUCGGAGAUUUUCGAACGCAACUACGGUUUCCACAUUCUGUUUCCCUACGACGCCGAAACGGAUCUGAGGGUCUAUUGGGUCUCCUACUGGGGACUGGCCCACUGUGCCUACGUCGCCGGGGUUUCCUACGUCUGCGUCGAUCUGCUGCUCAUCACGACCAUCACCCAGCUGACCAUGCACUUCAAUUUCAUAGCCGACGACCUGGAGGCCUACGAUGGCGGCGAGCACACGGAUGAGGAGAACAUCCAGUACCUCCACAACUUGGUCGUCUAUCAUGCCAGGGCUUUGGACCUCAGCGAGGAGGUUAACAACAUAUUUAGCUUCCUGAUCCUUUGGAACUUUAUUGCCGCCUCCUUGGUGAUUUGCUUCGCUGGCUUUCAGAUCACAGCCUCCAAUGUGGAGGACAUUGUGCUCUACUUCAUCUUCUUCUCGGCCUCGCUGGUUCAAGUCUUUGUGGUCUGUUACUACGGAGAUGAAAUGAUUUCUUCGAGCUCUCGGAUCGGCCACUCCGCCUUCAAUCAGAACUGGUUGCCCACCAGUACCAAAUACAAGCGCAUUCUGAAAUUUAUUAUUAUGCGCAGUCAGAAACCCGCCUCUAUAAGACCUCCCACCUUUCCACCGAUAUCUUUCAACACCUUCAUGAAGGUAAUCAGCAUGUCAUAUCAGUUUUUCGCACUCCUCCGCACAACUUACUAUGGGUAAAGGAGUCACUGCCUUCAGUUGUGGCUAA